AUGCCUGCAGCAUUGGAAUGGCAAGUUAUUGCUGCCCGUCAUCGAGCAAAGCAACAAGAAGCUAUACCCCGCGAAUGGAUAAUUCCGGAUCAGCAGCUGCAAGAACUUCGUGGCACAGGAACGCCUCAGGAUGGAAGGUUGAUUUCACUCGGAGUUGCCCGCAAGUCGGCCUUCUUGACGGAAAGAGAACUGGAAAUCACAGACACGUUUAGCGCGAGACAUCUCUUGGACAAGAUCCGUGAAGGUGACUUGACAUCUGAAGAGGUCACCGUUGCAUUCUGCAAACGAGCGGCUCUGGCACAGCAGCUUGUAAACUGUUUAACUGAAGUCUUUUUCGACGAGGGCAUCGCGAGAGCCAAGGAGUUGGACAAGCAUCUCAAGGAAACAGGGAGGCCUAUUGGCCCUCUGCAUGGUCUUCCGAUCAGUCUGAAGGAUUCAUUCAAAGUGAAAGGCCAUCAUGCCACAGUUGGCUACGUCGAGUUCUUAAAAAGGGCUCCUCCGAGCUCGAACUCGGCCAUGGUCGACCUCCUCCUCGACGCCGGAGCCGUAUUGUUUUGCAAAACAAAUGUUCCGCAGACGAUGAUGACUGCGGACUCAGAGAACAACGUGUUUGGUAGAACCUUGAACCCUCAUAAGACUACUCUGACUGCUGGUGGCUCAACUGGUGGCGAAGGUGCUCUUGUGGCAUUCCGAGGUUCGGUGCUGGGCAUUGGUACCGACAUAGCCGGCUCCAUCAGAAUCCCAUCGUUGUGCUGCGGUAUCUAUGGGUUCAAGCCGACGGCAGACCGGACACCUUUCGGCGGACAGGCAUAUUAUCCCUUCCCAAAGCUCCGUCUGCCUGGCGUGACCCCUGUUGCAGGGCCAAUGGCUAACUCGGCGGACGACCUCGCCUUGUUCAUGGAGACUGUCCUGUCACGCCAGCCUUGGAAGUACGACGCAACUGCAUUGGACACUCCUUGGACUGCGCGAGAGUUCGACGCAUCGAAACGCCUUACCAUCGGAGUACUUCCUGAAGAUCCGGAGUACCGCCUACAUCCGCCGGUACGUCGGGCCCUUGAUAAGGCGAUAUCGGCGUUGCGUAAGUCAGGACACAACGUUAUUCAAUUGCCAUCAGACCCCGAUUGUAGUGUUGGGGUUGGGGGUAGACUGGGGUUCCAAUACUUCGCCCUGGGAUCGCCUGGUCUCGACGCUCUUGAGCAUGAGAUCGGAGAACCUCUUGUUCCGUCCGUCAGGCGCGGCGUUCACCCAUUCACCAAAACAAAGCCUCCCGUAUCUCCCGAUGCGGAUCUGGCAAAUCAGCUAAGCGAGUUCCUUGGUCUUCGAGACGCGUACGCCGAAAGUUGGCGAAAGACCUGGCGACAACACGAUCUUGACGUCGUUCUUGGACCAGGAGCUAUAAGUACUUCUGUACCUCACGAUGCCUAUGGUAAUCCGGUGUAUACAUUGAUGUGGAACGUUCUGGACUAUCCUGCUGGCAUCAUUCCGUACAAUUUGGCGUCAAAAGAAGAGGACCCAGAGUACCAAAAGGCAACAUCAGCAUUCGAAGCCGACUACAACCCAGAAGCGAGCGACGGUGUUCCAUGUGCAAUCCAAGUUGUGGCCCCUCGAUUCCACGAUGAAGACUGCCUGGAAGCCAUUCGAAUCAUUGAUAGAGACAUAAGAACAUAG